AUGUCUCAGACUAACUGGGAAGCUGAUAAGAUGUUGGAUGUUUACAUCCAUGAUUAUCUUGUGAAGAGGGAUUUGAAAGUUUCAGCUCAGGCUUUUCAAGCUGAAGGGAAAGUGUCAUCUGAUCCUGUUGCUAUUGAUGCUCCGGGAGGUUUUUUGUUCGAGUGGUGGUCGGUUUUCUGGGACAUAUUUAUUGCUAGAACGAAUGAGAAGCAUUCGGAAGUUGCCGCGUCUUAUAUCGAGACACAGUUAAUUAAGGCUAGGGAGCAGCAACAGCAACAACAACAGAAUCAGCCACAACCUCAGCAGUCACAACAUCAACAACAGCAGAAUCAACAACAGCAGCAGAUGCAGAUGCAACAGAUGCUGUUACAGAGGCAGCAUCAGCAGCAACAACAACAGCAGCAACAGCAACAACAGCAUCAGCAGCAACAACAGCAGCAACCACAGCAUCAGCAGCAGCAACAGCAGCAGCAGCAACAGCAAGGUAGGGAUAGGGCUCAUCUCUUGAACGGUGGUGGUGGUGCAAAUGGAUUAGUUGGAAACCCUAGCACUGCAAAUGCAAUUGCGACAAAGAUGUAUGAGGAAAGGUUAAAACUUCCCCUUCAAAGAGAUUCUUUGGAAGAUGCUGCAAUGAAGCAAAGAUUUGGAGACCAAAUCUUGGACCCAAAUCAUGCCUCGAUUUUGAAGUCAUCUGCAGCUACUGGUCAACCGUCAGGGCAAGUUUUGCAUGGUGCUGCUGGUUCAAUGUCUCCACAAAUUCAAGCUCGUAAUCAGCAACUACCAGGGUCUACUCCGGAUAUAAAAACUGAGAUUAAUCCUGUUUUGAACCCUAGAGCUGGGGGUCCUGAAUCGUUGAUGGCAAUUCCUGGAUCAAAUCAAGGUGGCAACAAUUUGACUCUGAAAGGGUGGCCACUCACAGGGUUGGAGCAACUUCGUUCUGGUUUACUUCAGCAACAAAAACCUUUCAUACAGAAUCCACAGCCUUUUCAUCAACUUCCAAUGUUGACACCACAACAUCAGCAACAGCUUAUGUUAGCACAGCAAAACCUGGCAUCACCAUCCGCUGGUGAUGAAAGUAGAAGACUCAGAAUGCUACUGAACAAUAGAAAUGUGGGCGUAGGUAAGGAUGGCCUUUCAAAUCCUGUUGGUGAUGUAGUAUCGAAUGUCGGAUCACCCCUUCAAGCAGGUGGUCCUCCUUUUCCUCGUGCUGAUACGGAUAUGCUAAUGAAGAUGAAACUGGCUCAGUUACAACACCAACAGCAGCAGAAUGCCAAUCCACAGCAGCAGCAACUUCAACAGCAUUCUCUUUCAAAUCAGCAAUCUCAGUCUUCAAAUCAUAACAUGCAUCAGCAAGAUAAAGUAGGGGGAGGGGGUGGCAGUGUCACCGGAGAUGGUAGCAUGUCAAAUUCCUUUAGAGGAAAUGAUCAGGUUUCCAAAAACCAGACUGGAAGAAAGAGAAAGCAACCUGUUUCUUCUUCCGGUCCUGCCAAUAGCUCUGGAACAGCUAACACAGCAGGUCCAUCUCCGAGUUCAGCACCCUCAACUCCCUCAGGCUCAACUCAUACCCCUGGUGAUGUGAUAUCAAUGCCUUCUUUACCUCAUAACGGUAGUUCUUCUAAGCCAUUAAUGAUGUUUGGCACUGAUGGCACCGGAACUCUUACCUCUCCUUCCAACCAAUUGUGGGAUGAUAAGGAUAUUGAAUUGCAGGCAGAUGUGGACCGCUUUGUUGAGGAUGCGUCUCUUGAUGAUAAUGUUGAGUCUUUUUUAUCUCAUGAUGAUAAUGAUCCUAGAGAUCCAGUUGGACGUAUGGAUGUAAGCAAAGGUUUCACAUUUUCUGAAGUAAGUUCUGUCCGUGCAAGCACAAGCAAAGUUGUUUGUACUCAUUUCUCAUCUGACGGAAAAUUGCUUGCAAGUGGCGGCCAUGACAAAAAGGCUGUUUUAUGGUACACAGAUUCUCUAAAGCAGAAAGCUACUCUUGAAGAGCAUUCAUCUUUAAUUACUGAUGUCCGUUUCAGUCCAACCCUGCCUCGUCUUGCAACAUCUUCAUAUGACAAAACUGUCCGCGUUUGGGAUGUUGACAAUCCCGGGUAUUCGCUUCGUACCUUCACCGGUCAUUCUGCAUCUGUUAUGUCACUAGACUUUCACCCUAAUAAAGAGGACCUUAUCUGCUCUUGUGACUACGAUGGUGAGAUAAGAUAUUGGAGUAUUAACAAUGGCAGUUGUGCUAGAGUGUCAAAGGGUGGCACUGCACAGAUGAGAUUUCAACCUCGGCUAGGGAGAUACCUCGCCGCAGCUGCAGAGAACGUUGUCUCUAUACUCGAUGUCGAGACACAAGCAUGCCGAUAUUCACUAAAGGGUCACACAAAGUCUAUACAUUCUGUAUGUUGGGAUCCGUCUGGGGAAUUCUUGGCAUCUGUCAGUGAGGACUCUGUCAGGGUUUGGACUCUCGGAACUGGAAGCGAAGGGGAAUGUGUUCACGAGCUUAGCUGUAACGGCAAUAAGUUUCACUCAUGCGUUUUCCAUCCAACAUAUUCAUCGCUGCUGGUCAUUGGCUGUUACCAGUCGUUGGAGCUAUGGAACAUGACAGAGAACAAGACGAUGACUCUGUCUGCUCACGACGGUCUUAUUGCUGCUCUGGCCGUUUCCACCGUAAAUGGUUUGGUUGCUUCAGCUAGUCAUGACAAGUUUGUCAAGCUCUGGAAAUGA